ACCCUUGCUUCCCCCCCACCACCACCCUCGUUGCCUCUCUCAUCAUGCGCGCCUCCGCCCUCCGUCUGCUCAAGGCCGUGCCCGGCGCACGUCCCAUGCCCGGCCCCACGCACGCCUCGCGCACGUCGCCCGCGACGGGCAAGGGCGCGCUGCACCAGCACCCGGGCUACACGCGUGCCGACGAGCCCAUCACCAGCAAGGAUCCCAGCCAGAUGAGCGCGCCGCCUGAGGGGAGUGCCGGGAGUAGCGUGGCCAUGCACGGUAGCACGACGUCGGCGCCGCACCCCGAGGCGGCGACGAUGGCCGAGGGCGCAAAGAUGCGCGAGCGCUAGAACUCGAGGACAUGCCUGUCUUUGAGCUCUAGCGCUCGCGUGUGGCUCGCGUCAAAAGCCAGCUGGGAGAGGAGGUCCAAGGGACCCUUUGCCAUGCCAUCCUCGUCGUUGUCCUCUCUGCUCCAGCGCAUCAGACUCCGAGCGCUGUGCUCACGCUGGUUGCGCGCAAGAUGUCCUUGCUUUCGCCGCUGCGG